AUGGCAGUUCGAGUGGCGGCAGCAGCUAAAGGCGAUGCUAAAGGUGCUAGAAAAGACUAUCAACCAGCAAAAAGGUGGGAACACUCCACUGUUCAGGUAGGAGACUACCUCUAUAUGUGGGGUGGGAACCGUGACCAGCCCGCUGAUCUCCCUUAUGUACAUAAUAAUGAAAGGAAGAAAUCUAUGUGUUCUGUCAUGGAAGUAUGCCACCUAUCGACUGGUAAGUGGGAGCAGAAACCCACCACUGGUAAUCCUCCGCUGGGUGUUGUUGGCUAUGCAGCCGCUGCCAUUGGAAAUGAAAUAUUUUAUUUUGGAGGAUGGUGUCAUCAUGAAGACUGUCAUCAUAAUAGUUUAUACAGUUUUAAUGUUGAUACUUUCAACUGGAAGGAACUCUCUCCUACUACAUCUCAUCAUGGUCCUAGGAUGAAGGCCUACUCUGAUAUGAUAGCAAUAAAAGUCAACGGUGAGGACUAUCUUGCAUUAGUUGGAGGAUGGGGACCAUCUAAUAAUACCCCUGAGCAACCUGGUGCCCAUGCCUCGUGGUAUAGCUACCUCAUUUUUGCCCAACUCUAUAGGCCUUUUCUUUCUUUUUAUGGUGGUUCUUGCAAGCAGAAAAGGACAGUUUAA